GCGGCUUGGGCUGAUGGUCAGGGGUGUUGCACGGUCGCAAUCUGGAACGGACCCCAGACACACUGCCCAAUCUGAAUUCCACCCAAGCCCCGCUUGUUUCCCGCAUUCAAGCCGCCUGCCGACCCUCCUGGGCUUUCCCUUCCCAUCCUCUUCUCUGUCACCGUGUUCUAAAUCUCUGCGUCAACCGUUCCAUUCCUCCUUCCAGUACCAGUUUGCUUCGUCACACUGAAUCUCCGCACGAGCGUUACAUCAUGGGGAAAUUCAGCGCCAUGUUUAAGAAGUCCGACGAGAAGGAGAAACGAUCAAAUCCUUACGCCCAGCAGCCAACCCCCCCGGCGUCCCAAUACGGCGACCAACCCAAUCGCUAUGAUAGCAAUCACAGCUUCCAUGAACCUCCCCAGGGUCCGCCAUCCGGCCUGCCGGCAGGGCCUCGCCCUGGCGGUCUCCCAAGCCGAGUAGCCCCGGGGGCCUCUCGCAACGGAAACUGGGAAGCGAAUACGGCUCCUGCGAGCGCCCGAUCAUCCCAGCAGCAUGUUCCAGACAACUCCCAACCUCCACCUUACAGCGUGGGAACUGCCUCACCUUAUGCCGCCGGAGGGACGCCUUCUCUUGCUGCCAACUCAUCGAGCCCGUCCAUGCGCUCUGGGUAUUCGAAGGAGAAGUUCGGCGCCCAAGACGGGUUCGGAAAAGAUCGGUUUGAGCCCGCUGCACCAGCAUCGUCUCAGAAUUUUGGGUCGCGCCCAUACCAGCAACCGGGAGGAUAUGGCAGUCUGGAUCUGGACGACGGAAGAUCGACCCCAGGCUACAAUUACCCUCCGCAGCAGACCGCCCGCCCAAGCCCAGCGCAAUCUUACGGAUAUAGCGCACAGAAACCCGACGCCGACGGCAUGCAGAUGACGAAUCAGGAGGCGCACGAGGACGAAGCGGACCUCAUCAAGGCUGAGAUCAAUCAGGUUCGAGCUGAGACCCACGCAACUAGUGGCCGCGUCGUUAUGAUGGCGAGAGAAGCCCGUCAACGCGCGGCAGAGACUCGUGCGAUGGCAGAGAGCCAGGGAGAUCAACUGCUGAAAAUCAACGAGGCAGUUGGCAAAUCCUCCACACAAUUUGCCCACGCUGAUGGAGCGACUGACAAACUCAAGCGACUGCAACGUCCCUUCUUUGUACCCACAAUGUCUGGGACUCACCAGAAAAUGCUGGACCAGAAAAUGGAGUACUCGAGACGACGCGAGACGGAGCAGAACGAACAAGUCAGGCAGGAGGUGAUUCGAAGCCGGAUGACGGCGGAGGCUUCGAGAAGGGCCAAUAGUCAACGGGUGCUUGGCUCCAACAAACCGACCGUCAAGAAAGAAUUUCUCUUUGAAGACUUCGACGGUACGCAGCAAGAGCAAGAACAAGAAAUCGAGAACAACUUGCUGGAGGUUUCCGCCGUGCUCGCCGAUGUCCAUGACGAGGUCUCGGCACUGGGGAACGAGCUCGACGUGCAAAACCGGGUGAUCGACCAGUUGACAGAGCGGAGCGAGGUGGUCAUCGAUGACAUCAGGAGGGGACAAACCAAGCUCGACCUUUUGAGCCGCAGGUAAUUACUGGGGAAAGCGGAGCGGGCACUCGGCUUCUUAGAUAGCUAGGGCUUCGAGCAUAUAGGAGUUUCGACUCGGCGCUGGUUUGUCGCUUAGACUUUGAGCCGGAAACUGAAGCGGGAC